AUGGCCACCCAAACCCAAGUCAUCACCGAGAACGCCCAUCUGGCAAGCGCCCGCGGGGCCGUCAGCAAGGAAGCCUGCAUGGCCCUGUACGACGAGUGGGCGGCCUCCUACAACAAAGAUGUCUCCGACGCUUCGCAGAACUAUGUCGCUCCUCUUCUCACGGCGCAGACGGCUCUUCAAUUAAUCAAGAACGUUCGCGGACCUGUUUCUGUCCUGGAUGCUGGGUGUGGAACCGGCCUGGUCGGCCAAGCCCUAGUUACUCUGUCCAAAGGCAAAGCCUCCCUUACCAUCGACGGCGCCGACCUCUCCCCCUCCAUGCUCAAGAUCGCCAAAGACACCGGUGUCUACCGGAACCUUACCAAAGUCGACCUUACGCAGCCUAUCGACAAGCCAGACAACAGUUACGACGUCGUGACCUGCUGCGGGACAUUCACGCAUGGCCACGUCGGUCCGGACCCUGCGCUGAGGGAGUUCAUCCGCCUCGUCAAGCCCGGUGGCGUUAUUGUCGCGACCGUUCUUCACGAGAUCUGGCAAACGUGGGGCUUCAAGGCCGAAACAGAGAAGAUCGAAAAGGACGGCCUGGCCAGGAUCGUCAGCACGGAGGUGUUGGACUACCGGAGGGGCGCCGGCGACAAGGCGACAUUUCUUGUUUUGAGGAAGGCUCCUUCAACAUAA